UUUUUUUUUUUCUUUUUAAAGCAAGAAAAUCAUAAAAUAUUUACCAAUUAAAAACUUUUCAUCACAUUCUUGGAUGUGACAAGCAAUUGAUAUCCAGACAAAAAAAUUUAAUACCUCUGACCAUGAUACUCUGAGGGUAGAAGAAGGCUAAUGAGAGUUCUGGUGGAUAGCAACACUGACCGUGAUGGAAAAAUGACGAUAGGAGGAGGGUAGACUUGUUCAGCCGAUGGUGGUGGUUGCGGCGCCACUGUUAUACCUCUGAGAAAGGGUCAUAUACUUAGGUUCCUGUGUAUCAUUGGCCAAAGUGCCGGCAGUCGUGGUCCGGCCUUCGUGCGUGCAAGAUUGUUUUAUACUCGUUCGUUCUCAACGUCUCUCUGAUUUCAUUGACAAGCGUGUGAUAACUUGCGAUAUCAGUGAAUCCACACUAUUGUGGAAGAGGGAGAUCACCAAAUCAUCCGAGCCAGCACAAUCAAUCGUUAAGUCCUAAACUUUUGACAAGCUCAAGUCGUUCACACUAUUCAAGCUAUCUUCAGAUAAAGAAUACUGUUAAAGACUGUUCUAUGAACCUGAAAAAGUUUUCGACGAAAGUUUCGUCGUUACACGACUAAAGAUGUCGCAAUUCAUUGAUCAUAAUUCACGCGCAAAUCUUGAAAAAUAAUAAUUCAUCUAAAUUUGAGGGAUUUAAAAGUUUAAGGGGGGGGAAAAAAAAAAGAGAUACUUUGACUUUCUAGAGAGAGAGAACAGAGAAUAAAGGAAAAUAGAAGAAGGAAGGAUUCUCAAAAAUUGAAAUUCGCGGAUUGUUGGUUGAUUCAGUUCAUUGAGGCCGCGACAGGUCUUUGGACCUCCUUGCAGCGAGAAGCUCAUUAUUUCCGGCGAGACGGAUUCGACGACAGAAGGAAAUUACCUUAGGAGCGUAUCCCCGAGCAGAAGGACCACGGGGAUUCGGAGGCGCAAGCGAAGAAGAAUUAGAGGUAUCAAGGAAAAAUGGCGUAUGACGAUGUUAUACUUCGGAUGGGAGAGUUCGGCCGAUACCAGCGCAGGAUCUAUCUGUUGCUUUGCCUGCCGGCGAUAUCCUGUGCUUUCCACAAAAUUGCCGGCGUCUUCCUGAGCGCGAAAAUGAAUGCCAGGUGUCUGUUACCUCACGAAAGCCCGGAAAAUGCUACGUAUCUUUUAUCGCCGCAUAUACUGAACGCGAGUUAUCUAGGAGACUCUAAGCAUCAAGAAUUGUUACAAUGUUACCAGCUAGAUCUCCCUAAUCUUGUUAACGAGACGAUCGACAGGUACGUCGAUACAUCGACAGGCGAUACGCACGGCCAAAAGCCAUUUAUUCCAAAUAGUUUCAACACUCAAGGAUACAAGCCAUGUGAGACAUUCGUCUACGAUAGAAGCAAAUACAAAAGUACCACUACCUCUGAGGCAUGGUUGAGAGCUACGGGGGAUUCGUUGUUCAUGGUAGGAGUCAUGCUUGGCUCAAUGAUUUUCGGUAGUUUGUCCGAUAGGUUUGGGCGUAGACCAAUUUUCUUCCUGUCUUUAGUCAUACAGUUGGUCGGCGGUAUACUAGUCGCAGUUUCACCCGAAUAUAUUUCCUACGUUGUCUUCAGGUUAAUAGUCGGCUCCACUACUAGUGGAGUCUUCCUGGUCGCCUACGUGAUAGCCUUGGAAAUGGUAGGGCCAAAGAAGCGUUUGGUAGCUGGAGUCGGCUGCCAAUUGUUCUUCACAACCGGGUAUAUUCUAACUGCCGCUUUCGCGUAUUUUAUAACCGAUUGGAGAAUGCUACAAAUCGCUAUCACUAUACCUAGCAUUGCGUUCAUCCCCGAAUCCGCGCGUUGGUUAUUAACAAAAGGUCGUGUACAAGAAGCGAAGGAUCUCCUUCAACGAGCCUCGUUGGAAAACGGUGUGGAAAUACCAAGCGAAACUCUAGAUACGCUUCUUAACAACAACAGCGAAGAAAGUACGCCAGAUUAUAAGAAGCCAUCGUUAUUCGAUCUCUUCCGGCUUGUCAAUAGCGGUACAUAUUACGGAUUGUCCUGGCAUGUAUCCAACCUUGGUGGUAAUGAUUACGUUAAUUUCGUCAUUUCCGGAUUUGUGGAAGUACCUGCAUACACAUUUCUAAUUUUCACGUUGAACCGUUGGGGCAGGAAAAUUAUCUUAUGCGGUUGUAUGUUAGUAGCAGGAUUUUCAUUGCUUGCCAUUUUGCUUGUACCCGCUGACGCUCAAUGGCUCGUAGUAUGUUUAGCAAUGAUUGGCAAGCUCACAAUUACGUCAUCCUAUGGUGCUAUUUACGUUUUUACUGCCGAACAAUUCCCUACGGUUAUUCGAAACGUUGGCCUCGGAGCGAGCUCGACUUUCGCUCGUAUCGGUGGAGUAAUUGCUCCGCACGUCAUUCACUUGUCUGAAAUCUGGAUGCCUUUGCCAUUCGUUAUUUUCGGUGCGUGUGUUCUCUUCGGUGGAGCUAUGUCUUUGCUUCUUCCAGAAACGUUGAACAAAAAACUUCCAGAAUCUAUACAGGACGGCGAAUUAUUCGGAAAGAAACUGAAGAAGAAGAAGAAGAGAAAACAACAGCUGGAUAUAGAACAACUGAACGAAAUCGAUGUGAUAAAACCACUGAAGCCGCAAGAAAACGGCGUUCAUGAGAAACAGAAUGGAUGACGUUAAUUUAUAUAACAAUAUAACAUCGGUUAUGCUCAAAGUAUUUACUUCAAUCCUCUCUGAUUGUAUUCUAGGCACACUUGUACACGUAUCUUACGUGUACUAAUUCCAGCGUGCCUAUUCCAACAUUACAGUACCGAAAAAAAAAAACGAAAAAAAGAAAAAACAAAAAAAAAAAGAAAAGAAACAAAA